UCUGUCUGGUUUUCCUGCGCUCACACACACACAUAGUCCAUAACAUUUAUAAGCCACCUGGGACGAGGUUUUACAUUAAUUUUUAUCCUACCUGGUAAAAGGAGUUUUACUUGAUCUUUGGAUUUCUCCACCUCGAAUCUCGGACAGUAUGGAAAACAGGCAAUUGAAAUUCCACUUGCGUGAAUUGGUGCUCGUUUUAUUUUUCAUGAAGGCUUGCGCCUCAGAUACCUUUCCAAAAGCACAGAACGUAACCUGGUCCUCUAUCAAUUUUAAAUCUAUGUUAACAUGGAGUCCAAAACCUACGAAUUAUUCCUACACUGUUGAAUUUUCAAAACUUGGCCAGGACAGAGAUCGGACGCCGCACUGUAUCAAUAUGAUGGAAACUGAAUGCGACCUGACUGAAAGGUUAAAAGACCUGAAUGCCUCUUACAGCGCUGACAUCCUGUCUGGACCCAAGCGGGGCGCCUCUACCGAUCUGGUUGAGUUCCCUCAUGUCAGCUCGGAGAAAUUCUCCCCUUACUAUGACACUACUAUUGGCAAACCAGAGUUUACAAUAGAAGUAAGCAGCGACAAAAAGAAGACAACGCUGAAUGUAAAAGACAUCCCUACAGCUCUCUUUAAUGAGGAUGAAAAGAGACUGAAUAUUCGGGAUGUUUUUGGAGACAACCUGCAGUAUAAAAUUACCUACAGGAAAGCCAAGAGCACGGGAAAGAGAGAGAAGAUCAGUAAAAGCAGCAUCAUUGAGCUGACGGAUUUGGACCGAGGAGAGAGUUACUGUUUUAACGUUCAGGCCUUCCUACCUUUCCGUGCUCAAGACAAACAACACGGGGAGAUCAGCAACAUCCAGUGCUCUCCGGAACAAAACACAUCUCUCUUUGAAGAGUACAGCAUGGGUGUCAUAGCCGGAGCCAUUCUUAUUAUCAUUUUGGCAAUAACAGCAAUCGUUAUUGUCAUCGUGAUUUGCUGCAGACGAAGGAAGAGAGCACAACACACAGGAAAAGAGGGACUACCGCUGAAUGGUGUGUGAGGAGUGUGGAUGCUGUGUGUGGUACAUCUGAUUUGGAGGAUAUAGCAUCCUGUUCCACUAUAGAACAGUGGGAAAAUUGUGUUUCUAUGAAACCUCAAAAUGUAGAUAUGUUAGACAUAUAAUUUAGCAGGACAAGACCUUUAUACUGUCAGGUGGUGGGUUCUUUAGUCAGGCACUGAAAUGUACUGUAUAAACAUUUGUAGAAGCACUACCUACUGUAAUUUCAUCUACUUGUUAACAAACAGAAAUACUGUAUGGUUUAUGAUGGGUUUUUUGUAUGCACUUGGGAGAAUCAAAAUCAGAGCAUAUUUUAUGAAAAGAAAGAAUACUAAUUUAUUUUUUUAGCUAUUAAUGUGGUAAUCUAUUUGUUUGUAAAGUAUAUUUGUUUUUUUAACAACAAAACACUCUGUUAAGUACACAUUGCAACUGUACAUGGCUAACCAGACAUCAUAAAAUAAUGUCAAAA